CAGCAGUUCUGUCUACUCUCCCUCAGCUCAAGUCGCCCAUCAGCUCCUUGAAUACCCACCGCCCAAAAUCAUCGCUCAGCCAAAGUUUGCCUUUCAGUCUUGCACAAUGUUUAUUCGUCUCUUGUCCACCAUAUCUCUCUGCCUUCUCGCAAUCGCCAAUCCCCUUGCUCACCGCGACACAAGCGGCCAGUGCAACACGGGCAACAUCCAAUGUUGUCAAAGGACUCAGACAGUCGAUGAGUACAAUAAGAACGCGACGGCACAUGGAGCGAUUCCCAUUGACGCCGACAUCCUCGGUCAUGUCGGUCUUUACUGCUCCCCGAUCUCUGUUAUCGGUGCUGGUGCUGGCGCAACCUGUUCUCAGGAGCCCCUCUGCUGCAGCGACAAUCAAUACUACGGGCUCAUCAACAUCGGCUGCACGCCCAUCAACAUCAACAUUAAGUGAGCUUUGGAUGUAGUAGCAGAAUGCAAUGCGGAAGAUGAGCUAUGGACAGUGAAUGUUAGUAUGUUACCGUUUUGUUCAGGCUUGAAGAUGUUCGGUAUUAGCAAUUUAUCGAUCAUGAUGUUCUUUGUGUCGAGUUAACUGACAGCCACUGCUCUGUCAAUA